UUCUAUUAAAUUGAUUUGGACUGCAUUUGCUCUAACAGUCUUGAAGUCAGCAUGGACAUGAAUUUGUCAGCGCGUUGUGCUUUGGUUCUUUUUCUGUUGGCAUUUGUAGAUUUGAAAAUAGUCUCUGCUGCAGAAACGGGAGGCACAUCUACAGCAAAGCCUGGAGUGUGCCCUCGUAGACGAUGGGGCACGGGGAUAUGUGCAGAGUUAUGUUCCAAUGACAGUGACUGCCCCAAUGAUGAAAAAUGCUGCCACAAUGGAUGUGGGCAUAACUGCAUUGCACCUAACACAGUGCCGAUCCCCCCGAAGGCAGGUCAGUGCCCGCUGCUUCUGAAUGUCGUGCCGUCACACAAGGGAUGUGUCCGCGAUGAGGACUGUCCUAAAGAUGACAAAUGCUGCGUCUUUCACUCUGACGCCUUGUGUGUCCCACCUGACUUCACAAAGCCUGGAGUGUGCCCUCGUAGACGAUGGGGCGUAGGGACGUGUGCAGAGUUAUGUUCCAAUGACAGUGACUGCCCCAAUGAUGAAAAAUGCUGCCACAAUGGAUGUGGGCAUAACUGCAUUGCACCUAACACAGUGCCGAUCCCCCCGAAGGCAGGUCAGUGCCCGCUGCUUCUGAAUGUCGUGCCGUCACACAAGGGAUGUGUCCGCGAUGAGGACUGUCCUAAAGAUGACAAAUGCUGCAUAUUUGACUCUGACGCCUUGUGUGUCCCACCUGACUUCACAAAGCCUGGAGUGUGCCCUCGUAGACCAUGGGGCGUAGGGACGUGUGCAGAGUUAUGUUCCAAUGACAGUGACUGCCCCAAUGAUGAAAAAUGCUGCCACAAUGGAUGUGGGCAUAACUGCAUUGCACCGUACACAGUGCCGAUCCCCCCGAAGGCAGGACAGUGCCCGCUGCUUCUGAAUGUCGUGCCAUCACACAAGGGAUGUGUCCGCGAUGAGGACUGUCCUAAAGAUGACAAAUGCUGCGUCUUUCACUCUGACGCCUUGUGUGUCCCACCUGACUUCACAAAGCCUGGAGUGUGCCCUCGUAGACGAUGGGGCUGGGGAGUAGGGACGUGUGCAGAGUUAUGUUCCAAUGACAGUGACUGCCCCAAUAAUGAAAAAUGCUGCCACAAUGGAUGUGGGCAUAACUGCAUUGCACCGUACACAGCAAAGCCUGGAGUGUGCCCUCGUAGACGAUGGGGCGUGGGGAUGUGUGCGGAGUUAUGCUCCAAUGACAGUGACUGCCCCAAUAAUGAAAAAUGCUGCCACAAUGGAUGUGGGCAUGACUGCAUUGCACCGACACAGUUGGACUGCAUUUGCUCUAACAGUCUUGAAGUCAGCAUGGACAUGAAUUUGUCAGCGCGUUGUGCUUUGGUUCUUUUUCUGUUGGCAUUUGUAGAUUUGAAAAUAGUCUCUGCUGCAGAAACGGGAGGCACAUCUACAGCAAAGCCUGGAGUGUGCCCUCGUAGACGAUGGGGCACGGGGAUAUGUGCAGAGUUAUGUUCCAAUGACAGUGACUGCCCCAAUGAUGAAAAAUGCUGCCACAAUGGAUGUGGGCAUAACUGCAUUGCACCUAACACAGCAAAGCCUGGAGUGUGCCCUCGUAGACCAUGGGGCGUAGGGACGUGUGCAGAGUUAUGUUCCAAUGACAGUGACUGCCCCAAUGAUGAAAAAUGCUGCCACAAUGGAUGUGGGCAUGACUGCAUUGCACCGUACACAGUGCCGAUCCCCCCGAAGGCAGGUCAGUGCCCGCUGCUUCUGAAUGUCGUGCCGUCACACAAGGGAUGUGUCCGCGAUGAGGACUGUCCUAAAGAUGACAAAUGCUGCGUCUUUCACUCUGACGCCUUGUGUGUCCCACCUGACUUCACAAAGCCUGGAGUGUGCCCUCGUAGACGAUGGGGCGUAGGGACGUGUGCAGAGUUAUGUUCCAAUGACAGUGACUGCCCCAAUGAUGAAAAAUGCUGCCACAAUGGAUGUGGGCAUAACUGCAUUGCACCUAACACAGCAAAGCCUGGAGUGUGCCCUCGUAGACGAUGGGGCUGGGGAGUAGGGACGUGUGCAGAGUUAUGUUCCAAUGACAGUGACUGCCCCAAUGAUGAAAAAUGCUGCCACAAUGGAUGUGGGCAUGACUGCAUUGCACCGUACACAGUGCCGAUCCCCCCGAAGGCAGGUCAGUGCCCGCUGCUUCUGAAUGUCGUGCCGUCACACAAGGGAUGUGUCCGCGAUGAGGACUGUCCUAAAGAUGACAAAUGCUGCGUCUUUCACUCUGACGCCUUGUGUGUCCCACCUGACUUCACAAAGCCUGGAGUGUGCCCUCGUAGACGAUGGGGCUGGGGCGUAGGGACGUGUGCUGAGUUAUGUUCCAAUGACAGUGACUGCCCCAAUGAUGAAAAAUGCUGCCACAAUGGAUGUGGGCAUGACUGCAUUGCACCGUACACAGCAAAGCCUGGAGUGUGCCCUCGUAGACGAUGGGGCGUGGGGAUGUGUGCGGAGUUAUGCUCCAAUGACAGUGACUGCCCCAAUAAUGAAAAAUGCUGCCACAAUGGAUGUGGGCAUGACUGCAUUGCACCGACACAGUGAAACCCGGUCGCUGUGUCCUGCCCAACGGGACCUACAUGUGUGCCGAGUACUGUUACAAAGAUGGCCAGUGCCCCGGGGAACAGAUGUGUUUCCAGAUAUGUUGAUUCUAUGCCUGCAGUGAGCCAUUGAAGCUUUAUUGGAAGUUCUUAUUAGUUAUAAGAAAUAAGUACAACAUACAAAUCAUUACAUGUACAAUUAUGUCUAUGAAAACGGAUGAUUUCAUGCAAUAAUAAAUAUGAAAAAUGAUCAUAGCUUUUAUGGAAACUGGACAAUUUUCAUGGGCAGUAUGUGAAUUGACAAACGGCAGUAUGUGAAUUGACAAACUCAUGUGGACUGCUGAAUUUGAAUAAAACAAGAUUUUGAACACCUGU